AUUUUUAGAAGUUAUUAAGCCGUUCUGUGCAGUGUUACCUGAAAUCCAGAAACCAGAAAGAAAAAGUAGGGUCUACACCCAUAGCUGUGAUUGACCUUGCUGAAGUGGGAAAGUGAUCUGUGGUACAGUUCAGGUAAUUGCCCUGUUCACCUUCUGGAUAAAAUGUUUCCCUUUGAUCUGAAAUCAAUGAACUCAGUUCAUUUACAGCUGAUCUCUCUAGUCCUCUAGCCCUUUAAACUCCUCUCAUUUCUUGGCAUAUUUUCUAGAUUAAAAUUAGGUAAUUUCUACAGAUCAGAAAGAGACCUUCCUUGUCCAAGAAAACCCCCCACCAAACACCAUUUUUGCUUUCAAAGCUCAAGCACAUAUUGCCCACGUGACCAUCUAAUUAAAGUAACAAAUUGACUUGUCAUGACUUCGUGAAAAUUCCUUAAGAGCUAAAUAUUGGUUUUUAUAUUCUAAAAGGGAAAGCUUAACUGGGAACAUCACACCAUCUCAGAGAAUCCUCUUUGGCUAGUGAGAGGUUCCCCAAGGUUGGUACUGGAUGCAGAGGUGUUUGUGCCAGUGACCAUAUCUGAGCCUGCUGAAUUGAAUGGAGAAGAUACAGUAAAAAAUUAUGUUGAUGGCCCUCUGGAAUUGAUUCUUUAAAAAGACUGGGAUUUACCCCUUGACUCUUUGCUAGUUGGUUUCCAGCAUCUUUCAGCUUUGGGACGGGUUUCUAAACAAAUUAUUUAGGCCAGAGAAAGGCAUUUUCAGAGCAGGAAUCUCCAGAACCAGACCUCCAUGCUAAAGCUUGGAUGCACCAGGUCUAGUUGGCAGGUGCCCAUCUUUGUUUCUGCAGUGGGGAACCUUGGUGCAGUCUUUUGGUGCUGAUUUAUGGCACAUCUGUGAUUAGUUGGUUACAGCCGUCCCGUUUUUGUCUUGUGAGAUGAAUGAGAAGAGAAAGCUGACACAAACGUACAGAUACUGAUGUUUCCAUAAAGCUCACUGGCAGAUGUUAUUUGCCAGAGAGGAAGAGGAGCUUGUUCUGUCCUUGUUGUCCAUCAGCAGAUGAAGGAUCUCCAGAGAGGUGCCAGGAUUCCUGUCCUGUCUAUUUGGGUCACUUUGUCUUUACUGCUAUUUAGGUCGGUGUCUAGACAAUGGCUGCCAGUUGCCAGCUUUGUACAAAUUUAAAGUGAAAAUGUAAUUGGGAACAUCUUUGCUAGGCUGAAGAGCCCUUUGACCAUUUUUAGUCACGUUCCUUGCUUCUGUGUAGUUUAUCAAGUGAUUUAGGUCAUUCUAUGUAACUCUAAUUCUCUGUAAUUUGUUGUUUUCUUGCAAGCUGUCACGGUUAGAUACGACCAGUAAUGGCUUUAGUGGAUUUGUUUAAGGGCAGGACAAGAAAUUUAGAUAACCAAAAAGAAAAAGACAUUCAUUCUUAUUAAACAUGUAUUGAUUGUUAAGUGAAGAUGAUGUUUUGAUUCAUUUGGGCUUUCACUGAAUCAUUUUGCCAUUCUUGUGGAUGAGGAGAGUGGUUUCUUCUGUCUCUAGGGAGUGUUGCUUUUGUGUUUUGGCCAACUUGAUUAGCAAAAGUGAUUGCUACUUUUGUAGUUAGUAGAAUGGGCUCAUAUUUCCCUCAUGCACAGAUUUGCUAAGUAGAACACACUGUUCAGAACACCAAGAUGAUAAUGCUCAAGUCCCUUCAUUUUCACAUGAUUUAAGAAAAAUGUCAAAGGAAGAAAAUGUCCGAUUGAAUCAGAUCAGAUCAUGAAAUUCACUCUCCCUGUGCUUGUUAGCAUUUGUGGCUGGAAUAUUUUGGUACCACUCAUUCCUGACAUAUGGAUUUGAAUGACUCCUUUUUCCUUUUAGUCUUCUUGACUCAUAGAAACUGUUUUCCUUGUGAAUAACUGUGAUUUGGGUGAUGCAGAAUUCCUCUAAUGCUCCUAUUCACCACAGUUACAGAGAGAACCAGAGCAGUUUUAGACCUUUACCAAUGCCUCUGAGGCCAAGUUUAACUGUGAGGCUGUAGAGAAAAUUUGGUUAAGCAUUUUUGGUUUUGGAAGUCUGUGUUUAAAAUCUGAAUUGUGCAGUUCAGACUUGGUAAAGUGGGUCAGCACUGCAUAGUCCAACACAAGGUAUUGUUUGAAUUUAUUUGCUGCUGUCACUAUUUUUCUUUUUAUAACUGUGCUGUAAGUAUUUUUAGCAUCUGUCCUCUUUUUUAAGAGUGAAGCAGUAGCAGGAAAUAAAUUAAAUUACUUGGAUUAUUUUGCUUUUAAGUGGAUGGUUUCACUUACAAAGAUGUAGACUACAUUCUGUGUUUUCUUUUGCUUGAGGACCUGUGCUGCUGCUGCACUGGUCUGUAGUUUCUCGUUUGUGGGUGUUCAGUACCUAUUAAACCAGGCACUAAUCCUUUUUCUUGUUACUUCUCCACAGGCAGAUUCAGUGGUUGGAGGCAGAGAGCUCCAACCAUUUCUGCUGUAUCUCUCUUACGUUUUAGUUCAUGUCAUGUUUUAGUAGCUGCCCUACACUUGUCUGCAAUGAACACACUUAACCCUCAGGUUUACAGUCCCUGGAGGAGAGGUGGGAACUUGAACAUAACCGUGCAUUUCAGCUCUCUCUGCUCUCUUCAAGUGCAUUCCUUUCUGUCUCAUGCUUUGAGUAAUCCUCUGGCUCAAACUUAAAUCUUGUGAUUCUUCUCUUCUUGCACCUGGCACUAAUUACAGACACUUAAAAUGUUGUGACUCUGAGAUUCUCUUCAAUGAAUGACUAGUGAUCAUUGGUCUGGCAUUCUUUUUCAAGUAAUAUAUAAUCUACAUCAAUAAAAAUACUUUGGAGGAAAACAAAGAAUAUUUGAAGACCAUUUUGUGGUGUAUGUCCAUGAGCAUAAUGAUGAAUUUGAAGCUUCCUCUAACACCCUUUGAAGAACUUAAUUCUAAAUUUUUUGAAUUGCCGUAGAAAAUUCAUGGUUCAUCUGGUUUUAAUCAUGUGUCUUCACAACAGUUCAAUCUCUCUAAAAAUUUUGUAGUGCUUUAGUUUAAUAACUCUCAGUCUUACAAAACUUCUAUUGAAGCCUAGAGCACUAAGUACUGGAGAUAAGUUUUUUGAAUUAAUCUUUCAUGUUUGCUCUGGUAAGUCCAUGGUUUUAGCCAUGCUGUUGCUCUUCUGUAAAUACCCACUGCAUUAGAAUAUUGUAGAUAAAAUAUAUUCUAGUGACUGAAUGUCUGCCAGUCCCACAUGAGUUAUCUUUAUCACUCUAAAAUCUGAAAUCAUAUUAAAAAUAAAUUCCAAUGAGGGGCGAUACUUUCUGGUUCUAUAUCUUUGCAUUGAAUUCUGAAUUAUAACAGCAUUUAGUACUGUUGUGGGAGUGCAGUGGAAGUUCUACAUACAAUGAACAUGUUUGUGUCUCCACUCUGCCCUGUAGAUCCAGUUCAGAGAGAAGGUACUAUGGACAGCUAUCACACUCUUCAUUUUCUUAGUGUGCUGCCAGAUCCCUUUGUUUGGAAUCAUGUCAUCAGAUUCUGCAGACCCCUUCUAUUGGAUGCGAGUCAUUCUUGCAUCAAACAGAGGUACUUUGAUGGAAUUGGGUAUCUCACCCAUUGUGACAUCAGGUUUGAUCAUGCAGCUGCUGGCAGGAGCAAAGAUCAUUGAAGUUGGUGAUACUCCAAAAGACAGAGCCUUGUUCAAUGGAGCUCAGAAAUUAUUUGGGAUGAUAAUUACCAUUGGGCAAGCCAUUGUGUAUGUUAUGACUGGAAUGUAUGGAGAUCCUGCUGAAAUGGGUGCUGGAAUUUGUCUUCUUAUUAUAAUUCAGCUGUUUGUGGCUGGUUUGAUUGUGUUGCUGCUAGAUGAGUUGUUACAGAAAGGUUAUGGAUUGGGCUCUGGUAUUUCCCUGUUUAUUGCUACCAAUAUCUGUGAAACCAUUGUCUGGAAAGCUUUCAGUCCUACUACCAUCAACACUGGCAGAGGAACAGAGUUUGAGGGUGCUGUGAUUGCAUUAUUCCAUCUCCUGGCCACACGAACCGACAAAGUCCGGGCUUUGCGGGAGGCUUUUUACCGACAGAAUCUGCCCAAUCUCAUGAACCUGAUUGCUACAGUGUUUGUGUUUGCUGUAGUCAUCUAUUUCCAGGGAUUCCGAGUGGAUUUGCCCAUCAAGUCUGCUCGGUACCGUGGGCAGUACAGCAGCUAUCCCAUCAAGCUGUUCUAUACCUCCAACAUUCCCAUCAUUCUGCAGUCUGCCUUAGUGUCAAACCUCUAUGUCAUUUCCCAGAUGUUGUCUGUUCGUUUCAGUGGCAACUUCUUGGUGAACUUACUGGGACAGUGGGCAGAUGUCAGUGGAGGUGGCCCUGCUCGCUCUUACCCUGUUGGUGGCCUGUGCUACUACUUGUCACCUCCAGAAUCCAUGGGUGCAAUAUUUGAGGAUCCUGUCCAUGUAAUAGUUUAUAUAAUAUUUAUGUUGGGAUCCUGUGCGUUCUUCUCCAAGACUUGGAUCGAGGUGUCUGGCUCAUCAGCAAAAGAUGUUGCCAAGCAACUCAAAGAGCAGCAAAUGGUGAUGAGAGGCCACAGGGAUACAUCAAUGGUUCAUGAGCUUAACAGAUACAUCCCUACAGCAGCUGCAUUUGGUGGUUUGUGCAUCGGUGCCCUUUCAGUACUGGCUGACUUUCUAGGAGCCAUUGGCUCUGGCACUGGCAUUCUGCUUGCAGUCACUAUUAUUUAUCAGUAUUUUGAAAUAUUUGUAAAAGAACAGGCUGAAGUUGGAGGAGUAGGUGCAUUAUUUUUCUAGAUGUCCAAAUAUUUCAUGGUUUGUGUGAAAGGGAAAGUAUUUUGACAACAUGCGUCGUUUAGUCCAAUAAUGCUAUUUUCUUUUUACUUGUUUUCAAGUGCUACGUGUCCCAUUACUGUAAUGGGCAUUGAGCGAUGCCUGUGUGCAGCAUUAGUACCAGCUGCCUUAAGAAUAAAGUUUACAUUAUCUUGUUUAAGUAUUAUCUAGUGUUGCCUGUAAUGCUGGAAACAAUUCAUCUACCUUGCUGUUCAGACACUACAGUGAGAUGGUAAAAUGUAUCAGUUUGAGAGCCGUGAAUGUCUUUGCACACAGCAGUAAAGUGUUAAAUUAAUUUCCCUGUCCCUAAUAGGAGAAAAAGAUACCUGAGUUCAGAUUGCCACGUGCCAGUAUUCCUGACAAAAUUUAUUUGUAUCUGUAUUUUACAUUAAUUUUUUUAUACUUUUUUAACUUGCAUUUCCCCAACACUGAACUCAGCACUCCUUAUUCCUUUGCGGUGCCUCCACCCAGGCAUCUUUCACUGAGCUCUGAGGGUGGCAAGCAAACCUUUUACUGGUGGCUGAUACUCAUCUCACCUGUGAACUGGUUCUGUGGUGCAUCUGCUGCGGCCAGGGCAGUCAGGUUCUUCCCCUGGCUGCUGUGGGGCAGGGCAGCCCAGCCCAGCAGUGCUGUUCAACCAUGUACUUGUGAAAAGUGUGCCACUGAAACUUCAUGUCCACUUUGCUUUUGUGAGUCUAAAGAACGAGGCCUGGUUCCUAAAGCAGUUCCUAGGAGGGAAAAGGGGGAACGGGGUGUUCCUGCUGAAAACUUGUCGCACUUUACAGCGGCGAUGUAACAAAUGUAAGCGUUAGACAAUAAACUUAUUUAAUUAAACCCUC